CGGGCGUUUGUCCCCGUCUCCGGAGGUGUGUCCUGUACGUGACCUUGAUCUAAACACACCGGCGGCGGCAGAUAAACCGAAGCAGGUCGCUGCGUUAACAGCACAUUUCCUCUUCCGAUGCUUAUUGUGUGAUUGACCGACGAGCGUCUGAGCGCAGUGUUGAGCAUGGCGUCGGUUCUGCAGAAGCUCAUCACUCCUCUGUGGAGCGGGCCGCUCGAGCCGCCGAGGAACAAGGUGACGGUGGUGGGAGUGGGGCAGGUCGGCAUGGCCUGCGCCGUCAGCGUCCUGCUGCGGGAGCUGGCGGAUGAGCUGGCGCUGGUGGACGUCGUAGAGGACAAACUCAAGGGCGAGAUGAUGGACCUGCAGCACGGCAGCCUCUUCCUGAAGACGCCCAAGAUCGUCUCAGGCAAAGAUUACUCGGUGACGGCUAACUCUCGGAUCGUGGUGGUGACGGCAGGCGUGCGUCAGCAGGAGGGCGAGAGCAGGCUGAAUCUGGUGCAGAGGAACGUCAACAUCUUCAAACACAUCAUCCCGCAGAUCGUCAGAUACAGUCCUAACUGCAUCCUCAUCGUCGUGUCCAACCCAGUGGACGUCUUGACAUACGUGACCUGGAAGCUGAGUGGCCUGCCAAAGCACCGUGUCAUCGGCAGCGGGACCAACCUGGACUCGGCUCGCUUCCGGUAUCUGAUGGCCGAGAGGUUAGGCAUCCAUCCCAGCAGCUUUAACGGAUGGAUUCUGGGAGAACACGGGGACUCCAGCGUUCCCGUUUGGAGUGGCGCUAAUGUGGCAGGAGUCAGUCUGCAGAAACUCAAUCCAGAUAUCGGCAAAGACACUGACCGAGAGAACUGGAAAGAAACACACAAGAAAGUUGUGGACAGCGCCUAUGAAGUGAUCCGACUGAAAGGCUACACUAACUGGGCCAUCGGCCUGAGUGUGGCCGACCUGACCGAGAGUAUAAUGAAGAACCUCAACCGAGUCCAUCCCGUUUCCACCAUGGUGAAGGGUAUGUACGGCAUCGGCGACGAGGUGUACCUGAGCCUGCCGUGUGUGUUGAACAGCGCUGGAGUGGGCAGCGUGGUCAACAUGAGCCUGACGGGAGACGAGGUCUCGCAGCUGAAGAAGAGCGCAGACAUGCUGUGGCACAUCCAGAAAGACCUGAAGGACCUGUAGCGCUGGCUCGCCACCAACGGCUACUAUUCAAAGCUUCGAACGUUUGAUUGCUGCUAUGACAAGAAAUCAAUCUUGCCUAAGAUUUCUCUUUUAAUAUCCUAGUUGUAAGUUCUUGAAAACGUCUUUUAAAUGAUUUAGGGGAUUGAAUUCGUGCAUAUAAACGAGUAGUUUGCCCAAAAAUGCAGUUUGCUGAAAAUGUACUCCAAGGUUUGUUUCUUCGGCAGAUUUGGAGAAUUGCUCACCAAUCGAUCCUCUGAAGCGAAUGGGUGCCGUCAGAAUGAGAUUACAAACAGCUGAUAAAACAUUGAAAUAAUCGCUAGAUUAUUAUAAUGAUAUUAAUUAGUCUUAAUGAUGGAUUUGUUUCUUGCACAAGACGUUAACUUCAUGGACUGGAGUGAUUUGGAUUAUUAUAAUGUUUUUAUUAGUUGUUGGGACUCUCUUUCCGACGGCACCCAUUCACUUCCAUUGGUGAGCGAAUGAUGGAAUACUACAUUUCUCCAAAUCUGAUAAAGAAACAAACUCAUCCACGUCUUGGAUGGCCUGAGGGUGAGUAAAUAUUCUGCAAAUUAUUUUUGGGCGAACAGUUUUUUUUUCGAAACAAUCAGGAAUUAUAGAAACCCAUGAUUGUCAGUUUAGCACUUUGUGAGACGCAUCUCGGUGUCUGUUCUACAUUACUACAAAUCAAAGGUUUGGACGCACUUGACAGAAUUGAGCAUUUGAUCUUAAAAACCGAUUUGAAAAACAGAAAAUGUUCCAACAUUUAACAAUUUAACUUGAAAAACGAACAUUUUUGGAAUCAAAAUGGAAAUUUGGAGAGGAAAAGCAUCAUCGAGCAUUUAUAUCACACGCUCAGUUGUUUCAUAGCAUCCCAUGAUGCACCUCAUGAAAGUCCAGAAUGAUCAUAGCUAGAAUCUACAAAAAUCAACUUUUAAUUUGCAUCAUGUUUUGAUCAGCAAAUCAAAAAAAAAAGUGUCAUGAAUGUGUCCAAACAUUUGAUCGUCACCAUUACACUUCUGACUGUUGGUUACAGGAACUAGUCAAUGUACUCACUAAACGUCGAAUGAAAGUGCAAAAUGUAAACCACAUGCUAGCAAUAUAUACAAUCUUUACGUAAUAUCUGCACUGAGCAUCGAUGCAAGGCUUUAAAUGUGACGUCUACCACGGUUUAACGCCGGAUAAGUAGACCUGUCAAGGAUAUAAUCCAUUUAUUAAACAGGAUCUUUGCUGGUAAAAAUGUA